GACUGAGUUAGACGCGACUCUUCAGCAGCCCAGGGAAGGAUGGCCAGCUCGGUCGGCUGAACAGAGGAACUGUGUGCUCCUUCUGGGAUGGAGAACUCCCAAGCCCCUGUCAGCAGACGCACAGCCAGCACCUGUGGUUGGAGAGGUGUCUUUCUGCCUCAGCUGAACAGGCAAUCUCUAUCUGUGUACGGUAGCGAGAUAGCUGUGGAGAAGGAAUGUAUACGCCAGCUGCAGAGUGGAGUCUGGGUCAUCCACCCAUUCAGCCCCAUAAGGAGUUACUACAUCAUGUGUAUGGUUGCCAUCACAUUCCUGAAUUUGAUUGGGAUCCCCAUGGAGAUAGCUUUCUUAGACGGGUACAGUGGAGUGGGCUGGGAAGGUUUCAAUGUCUUCUCGGACACUCUGUUUCUGAUGGAUGUGGCUCUGAAUUUUCGAAUGGGUAUCAUCUCUGAGGACAGUGAGGUGGCUAUCCUGGAUAUCAAAAAGAUCAGUGUGAUUUACCUAAAGAGUUGGUUCAUACCAGAUGUGAUUGCAGCAUUCCCAAUUGGCUACAUAUUAUUAAUUGCGGAGUUACAAUCCCACAGUGACACCUCCACCUCAGGUUCGAAAGCCAGUAGAAUGGUCCGGAUUCUCAUGUUUGUCCGAAUCAUCAGCCUCGUCAGGCUCCUCAGAGUCUCCAGGCUUGUCCGCUUCUUCAACGAAGUUGAGAAGGUUUCAAAUGCCAACUUGGAGUAUGUUCAACUGUUCUUCCGCAUACUGUCUUUGUUUAUGAUGAUGUUCCUGCUGUGCCACUGGAACGGCUGUAUCCAGUACUUUGUCCCGAUGCUGGAGGAGUUCCCAUCAGACUGCUGGGUCAGACGAGAGAAACUGAUGAAUGCCACGGUUGGUGAGAAGUAUUCCUUUGGAGUGUUUCGGGCUCUCUCUCAUAUGAUCCAAAUAUCCUAUGGCUCCACGGAGUCACCAACAAAUGAGGUGGAGCUGUGGGUGGUCAUGACCAGUAUGCUGUCUGGGGCUCUAAUGUACACUGUACUGGUGGCCAACGCUGCUGCCAUAAUAACCAACGUAGACCAAGCAGCAAAGGCCUACAAGAACAAGAUGAAUCAUCUAGAUGACUACAUGACUUUCUUGAAGCUUCCUAAUGACCUUCGGCUUCGCAUCAACAAGUACUACGGGGCCCGCUAUGGGGGGAGAUGGUUUGACGAGAAGAAUUUUCUAAUUUCAGUCUCCUCAGCUUUGAGAGAGGAGAUUCUGACGGUGAUGUGUUCGAGCCUGCUGAACAACGUACCCAUGUUCCAGAACCGAGAUGUCAACUUCCUGAACACCGUCCUCCUCCAGUUUCAGCACGAGGUCUUCCAGGAGGAUGAUGUCAUCUUCCACCAGAACGCGCCCGGCGACCGCAUGUUCUUCAUCGAGCACGGCCAGGUCCUGGUGGAAACAGACUCCUUCCCGCAGGAGCUGGCUGACGGCGACUACUUUGGAGAGACCUGCCUCAUGACCAAAGGAAAGCGCUUGGCCACGGUGCGAGCUCUGACCACGUGCCAGCUCUUCUCCCUGUCCUCAGAUCGCUUCCAGAGGGUUCUACAGAGCUUCCCUGACAUAAGGAGGGACAUGGAAAAGUAUGCACAACAGGACAAGGAAGAUGUGAUACAUCUCUAGUGCAGUGUGCCCAUUUAUGUGACCACUUAUGUAUAGUGUAGCUCAGACUUGGUACUGUGUAGACUGGUCUAAAAUUGUAUUAUACUUUAUGUAUAAAGAUUUUAUGAAUAUUUAUUUCUUCAAAUUUAGCAAAUCCACAAUACAUGUUUAGCUGUGCAUCAUACAACCCAUAGUCUAAUAGUUAUACUCUAGAUCUGGGUGGAUCCCAAACACCACACAAUAUUGUUUCUUUAACUGAGAAUGUAUUCCAGGACAGGCAAUGAUUAAAAUAGUUGUUUUGUUUUUCUAAUCGUUUAUUGUGAAGAAAUGUCAGUUACAUAAAACAAGGUCUAUUUGGUUAUGAAACAGCUGAAAUAAAAAGGGAAACAUAGUUUCAGUUGACUGAACAUCUGGAGGUUUUUUUAAGUAGUGUAUUCAUUCAUGUGUGCCCAGCCCCAGCAGAUGCAGCAGCUGAACCUAAGCCUGCAAGACUAGCCAGCCCCCCUCUCUCUUAUCCAAACACACACAAGGUGCCCGAGGCCAGCCUAUGUUUGUACUCGUACAGGUAGUAGGAGGCUUGGGGGAAGUUACACUUCAUCUCCAUCUUGCCCGGCACCACAUGGACAGCCACCGCUGAGCCCAGCCCCUCCUGCAGCUUCUUCAGCAUGCGAGAAGCCAGGUAGCGUCGGGCCUUCCCUGGGUCCUCCUCGAUGGCAGCGUACACCUCUGGAGGUGGGUUGGGGAUCUUCCACUCCAGGUCCACGAUCAGCUGGUGGAUGUGGUUCUUGUCCAGCGAGGUGGGCGCGUCACGGUAGCAGGCCACCACAUGAGGGCAUGGUGCCUCAGAUGACACGGACAAGAAGUGGUUGGGCUGUAGUGUGUUCCCCAGGCCCUCCCCCCCAUCCUCCUCCAAGGGCCCCGUGGCAGGGUGCACCAUGACGGCCCAGCGCAGCCAGUCGUAGUUCUUCUCCAGGGUCUUUAGAAUGCCGGCUGCCGCCUCCUCGGGAGCUGAACGGCUUUGCAUGGCCUCCUGCAGCUGCUGACGCACGUCCUCCUCCGCCUGCUGUAGGAAGUAGCCCGAACAGCGACCCCCAGUGGUCUUCAUCUUCCUAUAGAGGGCACCCAUGCGCUCAGACCAGGUCUUCAUCAGCAGGGCCUGAUCUCGGCCCGUAAGGAAGGCCUGGGUGAAGAGGCACAGCAGACCUG